AUGACAGUUUUUGGGUUCCCAGUCUUCCAGUAUGUCACCGCACCCUCAAACCCGCUACCCUGGUGGUGCCCCCAAUCUCUCGCGUUCGGACUGUGCCCGUCUAUCUACGGAUCGUUUGCCACCCAGACGUACAUUUCUCAAUGCCUUUCAUCCAUAGCCGUGCACUGGCAGUCGCCCUGUGGUUCCAAGGGCCGUACGCCGCACCGACUCGCCGCGUCACAAGGGGCCAACGGGGGCCAGGCCCCCCCCGCACGCUCUGCUCGUACCCCCCCCCUGCUCCUCUCGCCUGCCCACCAUACCUACCCUCACCCUCCCCUCCACCCUCCCCUCGCCACCGCCUCACUUUGGUCUCAUCUGGCUGCUCACAACGCAGGGCAUCAGGGACCCACGAGCACUACUACGCCCCCGCCCCCUCGCCCCCCAAUCCCACGCCGCUCCGGGCCCGAUCCAUAG